GAAACUGCUUAUUCCCCUGUGACCAUUCUUUCAUAAAUGCCAGUUUAUUCUAAUGUUAAACAUUCAGAUGCUCUGGUUCCUUCCGUGAUUCGACAGAUUGAAGGGCUGACUUACUGGGAUCUCCUUGUUUUCUGUUGCCAAAGGAAACCUCACAGGGCUCAGAGGUUUAAUUCAUUGCCAACUGGUGUUUGGAUGAGGGGUUUGGGGGCUGAGCUGUGAUUGCCAUGUAUCCCUCUGGCCCCAAGUCCCCAUUUACUGCACUUUGAAAACUCCCAGGUGCAGGAGCACACAGCUCUCUAGGAACGUGCUCCCUGCCCCCAGGAGUUGGAUCCCUUUCAGAAUGUGAGGACCCCUCCUACCCGUAGUCCCCAGAAUCAAUACCUCAGCCAGGGGAGGGGGAGCUUCCUGAAUGCAUCUGUCCUGCUCCAGACACAGCUCUUUGCCUUAGUGGUGUUUUUCUCUCUGGAUCGUGGCUCUGCUUGGCUCUAACCUGUCCCUUCACACUCCUUCUCUCCCCAUCUCCUUCCUGCUCAGCUUCAGAUCUUUAGGGUUCACCAAACUAUGGAACUUGAUUUUGGACACUUUGACGAAAGAGACAAGGCGUCCAGAAACAUGCGAGGCUCACGUAUGAAUGGGCUGCCCAGCCCCACUCACAGUGCUCACUGUAGCUUCUACAGAACCAGGACCUUACAGGCACUGAGUAACGAGAAGAAAGCCAAGAAGGUGCGUUUCUAUCGCAACGGGGACCGCUACUUCAAGGGGAUUGUAUAUGCCGUGUCCUCUGACCGCUUCCGAAGUUUCGAUGCUCUCCUGGCUGACCUCACCCGGUCCCUGUCCGACAACAUUAACCUGCCUCAGGGAGUCCGUUACAUUUACACCAUCGAUGGCUCGCGGAAGAUCGGGAGCAUGGAUGAGCUGGAGGAAGGGGAGAGUUACGUCUGCUCAUCUGACAACUUCUUCAAGAAGGUGGAAUACACCAAAAACGUCAAUCCCAACUGGUCUGUCAACGUGAAGACAUCUGCCAACCAGAAAGCACCUCAGUCUCUGGCCAGCAGCAACAGCGCCCAGGCCAAGGAGAACAAAGAUUUUGUGCGUCCCAAGCUGGUAACCAUCAUCCGCAGCGGGGUGAAGCCCCGCAAGGCAGUGCGUGUGCUCUUGAACAAGAAGACUGCCCAUUCCUUUGAGCAAGUUCUCACUGAUAUCACUGAAGCUAUAAAACUGGAGACAGGAGUGGUCAAAAAGCUGUAUACCUUGGAUGGGAAACAGGUGACCUGUCUGCACGAUUUCUUUGGGGAUGAUGAUGUGUUCAUCGCCUGUGGUCCAGAAAAAUUCCGCUAUGCACAGGAUGACUUUUCUCUGGAUGAAAGCGAGUGCCGGGUGAUGAAGGGGAGCCCAGCGAACGCCACGGGCAGUAAGUCAUCUCCCACCCCUCAGAAGAGCUCAGCAAAGAGUCCAGCCCCCAUGCGCCGGAGCAAGUCUCCAGCCGAUUCAGGUAACCACCAAGAUGCAAAUGGGACCUCAAGCAGUCAGCUGUCUACACCCAAAUCAAAGCAGUCCCCAAUCUCCACACCAACCAGCCCAGGGAGCCUCCGUAAGCACAAGGUAGACUUGUAUCUGCCUCUGUCUUUGGAUGACUCCGAUUCCCUUGGAGAUUCCAUGUAAAGCGACACGAAGCUAAAUGUCCACGUUGCAAGCUAUGUUUAAGAUACAGUAGAAUACUUCUGCCAAAAUAAGCAGAUAGGUGACUGGUGCUUUCAAAUCAAAGGACACACAGUUAUAUGUCAUUUUUUUUCUGUGAUUUAUCCUCUGUGCCACAAAUCAACACCUGCCAGUCUAUAGAGAUAGAGGGAUACCAUUCUUCUAAAUUACAGGGGUGCAAAAUGGACAUUGCGAGAAAUUUGGGGCCAAUAUGCCAAUGAUCCUGUGCAUUUCCCAUUUGCUUCUAUUAUUUCUUCUUCUGCUGCAAGUGUAUAAUUUUCCUAGUGGUAGUAAAGUAGCUCCCUCUGGAAGUGUGCAGAUGGAUCGCUUGCUGAUGAAUUUGCAAGCUCAAGUAGAGCACAUAAUAUCCUCCACCUCUCCAAACUGCCAACAUUUGCCAGCAAACCUGCUCCUCCUUUGCAGCCCUGAUUUUAGCACCUGCAUACUAACUAGUCUUGUUUUUAUUGUCGGAGGGCAGGAAGGGAAAUGAUUUACCAAUUUGAUGCUUGAGAUGCCAGGAGAAGCUUGGAUGAGAUUAGGGAUGAUUGCACAAGAUGCUAAGGAAGGUCAGUGCAAUAGUGAUUCAAAUAUUGGGAUUUUAUUUAUGAUUAAGCAAAAAGAAAGGAAGUCAGCUGAGUUAGGUGAAGUGGAACACCUUUCAUGGGAUCCAAAGGUACUGCUGGCUGGGCACAAAUUGUUAUACCUACCCUAUGGUAUCUCUCUAUCUCUGUAUCAGUAAUGCCUUGUAAACAGCCAACACUGAAAACACUGUGAACAUUUGUUUUCAGGUUUGACACCCUACAGGUCACUUUUUAUAGCGAAAAAAAAAAUCAAUACACUUUUUAUAAAGGAAAAGCUUGUAUCUGUGUUUUGGGAGUAAGGAUUCGAGCUCCUUCUUUUGUAUAGAAGCUGGUGAUUUUCUUUUGUUUAAAAAACACAUUCAGAAAAAUGUACAAAAAAACCAACCAACAGCUGCAGCACAGUUAUACCAACAACUCAGUGUAGAAAUCUUGCAAUCACUGCCAGAACAGACACAUGGGGGGAGGGGGGAAGGUCAAUUCAAAAUAUUGAAUGUUUUGAUAGUUUUUGUAAUGUUUAGGGCUACGUAUUUGGGUUUUUACACUUCGGUAUUCCUGACUAUGGCCAGAUUCUCUACUUCUAUAACAAAUGGGAUUUUGUGGUGUUCAAAACCCGUAUUUUAAGGAACUCUUCUAUCUGGCAAAAACAAACUUACUGUAUUUAGAGAAACCUUUUGCUUUUAUUAAUCAGCAAUGACUCCUACAGAAUGCAAAGUUCAUGUAUUCACGCAGGGCUGGUGGUUUUUACUACGCCGAAGCUUUGUCCUAGGCUAGCUGGCAUCGCCUCCUUUCCUCAUGGAAUAAGCUUUCGAUGAAACUUUACCUAAAUGAAAUCUGUGCAAUCAAAUCUUUCUUUGUUGCUCUAUUUGCCUAUUUUUUUUUUAUAUCUCAACAUAUACACCUAUUCCCUAUUGUCUUGCAACCCCUUGUGAUUAGAAUGAAUUAUAAUGUUGUGAUGUUUGAUGCUACAUGAAUGCUGGGUUGUUCCCAAAGCCACUCCACAUUUUGUUUGCUUGCGUUGCUGGUAUGGAACAAUCUGUGCAGGCUGCAUCUUUAAAGGUUCGUGUGAUGAUACAUUUAAUGCAACUUAGAAAAAGAGAUUUAUCUGAGAGAGGCCAGGAUUGGGACUAAUCAAGGGGUCGGAGUUAUCAUGCACCAAAUUUGCACCCAGUAGUCUUAGUGCAUGAUCAUUUACACACAGAGUUUUGCACAAGAAAUCAUUUGUUCCCACAAAUAACUUCAUUUAAUUGAAUAACUGACUAUGUGACUGCUAAAGGAUCGUUUCACCUAUUGUACAUAGAAUCCUGGUUUUGGUUCAAAGGCUAAGGGCUCUUGUUGAAGGUUUGUGGGGGAAAGGGUGGUAGUGUGGACAAAGCAUAGGUGCAGUAGUCAGGACACCUUCAUUCAGCCCUUGGCUUUGCUAAAUGUAGUGUCUGAAUGGGAGCAGGUCUCUUAGUAACCCUGUGCCUCAAUCUGUCUGUCUGUCCCUACAGGGACAGCACUGUUCUACCUCACUGGGGGUUGUGAGGCCAAAUGUUGGUCAACAUUUGUAAAGUGCUUUCAGAUCCUCUACCAGAAGGUGCUGAAGUAUUCUGGGUGCAGAUUUGAUUAUGGGUGCUAUUUUUUGGCCGUUUAAUCCUGUGGAUGCUACUGUAGACACUGGUUAUGAGAAAAUACGACUUUUUAAGCAUAAGGAUGUCAAAGGCUGUGGUUAUGCUAACAAUAUUGUUCAUCAGAGCUUUUGUCUUAGUAAAGGCUUUAGCAGGAUAGGUAAUUUGACAUGCUUUUACCCUCUCCUCUGUUGGUGGAAAUCUCAGGGUCCCUUCCCAAGUCUCUGCAUUUCCAGGGACCUGACUAGUAGUCAUGACCCUGCCUGUCAGAGAUGAUGGAUUUGGACUCCAGUCAAAGGUGGUGUCACUUGAGUGACACAGGCCAUUGCUGUCACUGUCAGGGUUAGCAUGUCCUGCCACCUUCCCUCUGAGUCUCUGCUAAACCAAGAGACCAGCCAUGAAAUCACAUCUAGGUUCUCUUGCUAAUUCAGUAUGGGACACUGACCACAGAUCCACCAGGAAAACCUAAAUCCUUGAUAUCCAUAAGGAAACUGAACUGCUAGAGCUGAUGGUGGUAGAAAAGGAGUGCAAGAUGUGUUUUCCUCCAGUAUCCAUGAGUUCAGUUUGUAUAAGAUACCGCAGGAUCCCACGGGGUGCAUGAACCUUUGGAUGGAUGGUUGUUGAGGUAGCUGUUGAGAAGUGGUUCCUUUCCUUCCUGCCACGGUAGUGUUAGAUUAUUUGAGGAUGCUCUUCCUGGUGGAGCGUGCUGAGGAAUCACUGAGGCCUUCUUCCCGAGCUGCAGCUAGUGACACAUCUAAAACCUGAUCCUGCCAGAGCUCCCUGGGGAGUGGAGUUCUGUUUGCACGAGGAUCAUCCUGGGGUGGGGCUGAGCCCAACAGUUCCUUCAGGGAAUUAGGGGACCUUGAAAAGACCUAAAAGAAGAAGAAAAUAAUUGUUCAGUGGGAAAAAUAGCCAUUCAAACCAGUAGAAGCCGCAAAGAAAACAGGGUAUGAGGUCAAACUCCCAAGUUUUAAAAAGCAAUUUUCUAGGUAGAAAUGCCAGGGCAGUAGGAGAAGUCAGUGAGCAUUUCAGCUGUAACAUAUAGUUAAGUCUGUAUUAAUGCCAAUAUUGCAUGAGUUCUUGUACAGAAAUGCAUGUGGAAUGCUACCUACAUUCAAAACUAGUUAUCUUUGGCUUUGUAGGAUCCCUAACAUAGAUUUGAAUACAAAGAGAAACAAUGCACAGGCAUUGUACCUUAGUCAUUUAAAUGUAAGGACAGCCCUGAUUCAGGAAAGAGCUUAAAGACAUGCUUAAAUUUUAGCACAUGCUUUAGUCCUGCUGAGUUUUCACAAGAUAUAAGCUGGGGUUUGGUCAGAAAGCUUUCCUGCACUGGAAUGAAUUAGUAAUUACUUUCAAUAUACUGUACUAAUUCCAGACCCUAUGAGAUCCUGGGGCAAAUGACAGUAAUUCCACUAUAUACUCCAGAGUUUACCUUUUAUGUUUUUUUCCUACUUUUACAAGCACAUAAAACUCCACAGGAUAUGAGGAUUUGCAAUAUUAAUUCUGCUAUAAAACCCCUAUCUAAUUUGCCUCAUGAGGCUGCCUUCAGUGUUUUCAGAGACUAAUUGAAUCACUAAGAGUAUCUUGCUUUAAAACAAUGCAGUAUUUAAAAACAAAUUGGAAAGACUCUUAAAGUCGUAGGGGUUUGUUUCUUUGAAAUCUGCCUUUCUUCAGUAUCCAGUAUACUAUAGCAAAUGUACAUAUAGAGUAAAAAUACCUGGCACAUGAUCAUUAGGAAAGAAUUAGAGCAAUCCUACAAGCAUAGACCGAUGUAUUUAGUAUUCGUACAUUCCAGUGAUGGUCUUGACUGUAGAAGAUCAGGGCGAUACAGGAAAAUCUUCAGCCUUAGGAUUUUUGUCACUUGUAAAGCAUUUAUAAUCCUGAAGUUUCUGGGUUAAAGCCUCAUCUGUUAUAAGAUUUGGAGCUAUUUCAGUUCCACCAGCUACAGAGCCAGCCAAGACUCUACACCUUGAAGUAAUCUUGAAAGAGUUUGGUAGUAAGAUUUGACGUUGGUCCACUCUGCAGUGGGAGAUGGGAAUAGCUUUUGUCCACCGUUGUCUGUGUUUCCUGUAUCUCUGCAUCGUUCACAAUCUUCUCAGGAGCUAGAAACACUAAUCUUGUUAUUUGCAUAGACAACAGAAAAAAUAAUUCUGCUUAGACAACAGCUUCCACAUCUCUAUUGUAUUUAGCUAAACACACACGUCUGCAUGCACAAAACAGCACACACAGUGUAGCUGUUAUUUCUCUCUUGUUUGCUUGGACAGUCCUUUUGAAGGGGAAACAAGGGAGGUAGGACCAAGAAUUGCGGCAAAGAGCAAAGCUGUGUUAUACCCAGGCAUUUUUCAUAGGAAAUAAUGGCAUGGAAGUGUUAGUUUCUCCUUAUGAGUAUGGAUACUGAUGGUAUUGUCUAGGACGCCUUGUGUUCGCUUUUUCAUGACUUUGAGGUCAGCGCUGGUCUGCCUGUUACUUCGCAGAACCCCUGGUGAAAUUGCUGCUAGGCCAUGCUGAAUCCCUGCACAGACACUGUUCCCUGUGUGACAGCCAUCCCUGGAAGCUGCAUCCUCUCUGCAGGGUUGUGGUAUGGACUUUACAGUGUGAGACUAUUGCAGUGAGAGCACGAGUGUAUUUUGUCAUUGACUUCAGUGGUACACCACAUCCAUUCAAGGCAACUGGAGAGUUGUCUUUUACUAUAGUAGAGGCAGAAGCAUUUUUAGAGAAAGGAAGAAAAAAUAGCCAAGUAAAGUAAGCAUAAAAUUAGUCCAGGAAGUGUCUCCUCAAGCUAAGACAAUCCACAACCAGAGAAAAGCUAUAUAGAGGUGUGUUCACCACGCACGAGGUGCUGACUGUGGCCAAGACAGAACAAAACAGGGUUUUUUUCUGGUGAUGAUUUAGGCUCAAAGUUAUUUUUCUGGUUGCUCAUGGGAGCAGGCUGGAGCAGCAUUUGGGACUGAUGAGCUGCUUUGUAGAAGCAAAUGGACGGUACAAGAUGAAGAUCUUUUUCUGUCUAUCUAAAUAAAGAGUGAGGUCACUCCAUGCCACAGGACUAGUGCUUUAUACAAGAUACCUAGAAGAGAUCCAACUUGGUGUAAUGAGACCAAGAAGGUUAAGACUUUAAGUGCCUUCCAACAUGCUUUGGGCUUCAGAAAUGAAACUAUGCAUUUGCCCAACAAGGUCUAGGUAAAAAUGCCCUUGACAAAAGGGGACAGGACAGACUUUGAUUCUUGACAUACUUAGCUCAUCUCACAUUUAUUCAACCAGCUCUUGAAAAUUACUGUCUCCAGAAUCACAGAUUUCUUCUGGCUGAUGCCUCUGUCCCAGCUGUAUGAAUCUGAGCAGCCCCUCAGUGGCAUCUCUGUUAAUGUGAGAGCUGGGUAUUGUGUCUCACAGUGCAGCUACUGCUCACUGCCUGUGGAGUGAACUGGGCUGGGUUCUGUGCAUUGGUUAUCGAUUCUGUUACUCAAAUAUUCUUCACACUCCUCUUUUGCUCGUGGCUUUGGAUCUGGUGUCUCUCAUUCUGGGUGCCUCCAAGUGAAAGGCUGUGGCCAGCAAUGUGUAUAGAGCCCUCAUCUUGUUUAGUUCUGUUUCCUCUGGAACAGAUCUAGUCAUCUGAUGCUUGUCUGAAGGUUGGGGCCAAGCUGACGAAAGCCCCCCAUUUUAAUAGGAAGAGGGGAGAUGCUCAGAGAUGGUAAAUGGGUGGAUGGAAAGGGUUUUUUUCAGCAGUGCCAUUGCAUAGCUGCUCUGACCGAAUCCCAGUCACAGGGCAGGGUAUGAGUACCCUGCAGAUGAAAAUGCAGAGUUUUGGUGCCACAGACCACUAUCCGCCCCUCAGGACACUCUGUUUAGGGAAGGUUAAAAACACUGAUGUCAAUUUUAGGCCAAUAGAUGAGCUGCUUAGCAAAAGAGAAUCAAACCUAGUGGAUUCAGCAGUGGGAUUUCAGAGCUAUUGGUCUUUGGUGUGACUUCUUGGCAGAUCAAUUCUCCUUGUGCCAUGGCAUCCCAACACAUAAAGAGCUGAUCACAGUACUAGCCUCCAUCUGUAAGGUGCUUUGAGAUAAGCUGAUACAAAGAGCUAUGGAAGAGCUUGCUCUUAAGAUUUAUUCAUUACUUGGCAAAGUCUGUAAACCUUACAGAAGCAAACUGUGGUCCAUUGUCUUUGGCAAGUCUUCUCAGGAGCUCUGGCUCUCAAAACUAUGCUGUACAAAUGCUUUGUUAUUUUAUUAAUGGUGAAAGACACACACACCAUUUUUAGUUCCCCAAAUCCCAUGGAGGAGCCAGCAGUGCCCCUGAGAGCAAGGCCACAUCCACUUCCAGCAACCCAGCUCUCUCAUCUGGAGAUGCCACCUCUGGCCUGAAUCCAGACCUCUGCUGCCCCUCUUUUGUUACACGAUAUGUCCAUGUACAUAUCGGGGCCAUUUCGUGUUACCAUUCAAACUGUGAGCCUUGAAUUGUAAGUGAUGAAUAAGUCUAAUGAUUUCAGUGGCCUCCACCAGGCAAACAGUGGGCCUGUUGUUGAAAGCUUUCUUGUUUAGAAAGUGUUCAUGGCCAGAUGGCUACAUGGGAAAGAGUUGCCUUUCAGUUGCAUUGCUUCAUGCACUUAGUUGAACUAACCUCUUCUGGCUCUUGCUCUGUGUCUCAAUGAACUGUAACUCAGGACUCUGGAGCCAGCUUAGAGUUUCGCUAUGUCUGACAGUUUAUCACUCAAACAACUGAAGGAGGAGGAUGCCUGAAGAGAAUUAACAAAUCUCUGCAGUAAUUAGAGUCUGUCAGCUGAAAGAAAGAAAGUUGGCAUCACUAGAGAAAGAUGCCAUGAUGGCCAGUGUCAUGGGAAACAAGGAAAUAGGCUUGUUUCUAAGAGGAAUGGUAGGGGGCAUUUGUUAGGAGAUAUUUACUGAACAAUGAAAUGAGCUUGAGCUUCACAGAAAAUCAAAUGGAAAGGAGAGCAUGAGGCAGAGCACUGGAAAUGUCAGUGCCAUUCAUGUGUGGGAAUAAUAAAAGACAAAAGCCAAGAAAUUCCAGGGACAAACAAAAGGGGAGGCUGGGGCUAGCUGAGGAUCUGCAGCUUGGUUCUGGACAGAAAAGCAGCAGGGGAUCCUGGCUGCGUGUGGAGAGAGCUAUUGCCCCUGCAGGUAUCUAAGCAGAUGCAGGCUAUCUGCCGCAGCAGCGUGUCCUGCUCCCUGUGGCAGAAAUAAGGUCACUCUUGGCCUCAGGCAGGAGAACUUGGUUUGAAGUUCCUCUCCUGCUCCUGUUUGACUCUCCUGCCAGCAUGUGGCAUCCCUCAAAGGGGGAAGGGAAGAUCCAGCCCUUUGCUGAGUGACAGCACCAACCUGUGGUUUGGUUUUAUUCCUCUUGAUCAGGUCAGAAAUAGGAACUUACCAGCAGCCCUGGCUUGCAGGAGACAGGCCUGGCACACGGGGGAACGGCCAGAUGUGUGCAAGAGAUAAUGAGGGCACCUCUGAGCCUCCCAUCCCACGACCCUUGCAGCAGGGUGAAAAGCCAAGGCAGGCUCCUGGAGGAGGUUACCUUGAUUUGCUGUGCAGGGGCUGCUGCUGAUCUUGUCCAUGAGCUGCCUGACCAUGUAUGAGAGCUGCUGUGUUCAGUCAAUCGAUGGGAAGUCCGUGCUCAACAAGGGAUCUGUGUUUAACACUGGUUCUCUCAUGAGAUCUUUUUUCUAAAUUCAGUUGAGUUACAGUGCUUGUGAAUUUAAUCCUAAAAGGCAAAACAGCUGGUUUAUCUGAACACGUUUUAUCUCUCCAGAAAGAUUGCACCUCUUUGUUUCCAUAGGUUCUCAGACACUCAAUAUAACACAAGUGAACCGCAAUACACCUAAUUCUCUGCUACUUUAAACAGACAGAAGCCUCUGUAAUUAAGGGAGCUGAAUCCAUUUGGUCCAAGGUUGGUCUCCUAUUUCAAAGAUUGAUUACUGUCAGUAAUUCUCAUGUGAUGGAUUACUUAAGUGCAGAUUCAGUUUCCUGGCUGACAGCUGCAGACUUUGCAGAGAAUAAAACCUCAUUGACCCCAGCUAUAAGGUGAUCUCUUGUAUGAACCUCUAACAGCAAGUUAUAUAUAGGAGAUACUUUGUAUAGUUUUAUUAUAGUCAGUGAUAAAGCAGAAGUAGUUUUCUCUGUUGAAAUAUCUUAAAACAUUUAGAAUUGAAAAUUAAACAUGGAACCUUAAUAAAUUAGGGUCUCCUCGAUAUUUUCUGGUUCUAAAGAGUGUUGGUUUUAUCUCACUUUACUCUCACUUCAGUCUACCAAUAGACAUGCCCUGAGGCCAGCAGGUUUAUGGUACUAGAAACAGCGUUUCUAUUUCUUCCUGUAUUUUCCUCCUCAAGACCCAGCUAGGACCAAGCAGAAUAGAGAUUUAUGGUUGGCUUUGUUUUUAGAGAAAAAUAUUACCAAAUGUCUCUGAACAUAAAAAGGAAAAUUCAGUUCAUUUUAGGUGACUCCUGUAAACUCACGACUGCUUUUGAUUUUUAUCCAAGCUGGUUCUUCCGUCUCUAUUUGCAACACUUAUGUAUAGGAAAUAGAGACUGAGUCACAUUUACAGUGGGGUUGUCACAGAGUGAAAUGAUUUGCCUGGCACGUGCAGUUAGAAUGAAACACGUUGGUGGCACUUGGGCAGGGUGGACCUGAACCAAACCCUGGUUCUGAACCCCGAGUUCUGAGAAACCCACGUGCGGAGUCAGGCUUGGGAAAUGUCUGUAAUGGACCAAAUGGCCCCUGAGCUGGGGUCCAGGCCCAGUUCUUGAAAUGAAUUUUACCUUCAGAGAAUCCCUGUGAAACAUUUAGUAGGGUUUUUGUUGUUCGUUUUUUGGGUUUGUUUGGGGGUUUUUUUUGUGUGUUCUUCUUAAAAUUGCAGCAUGGCUGCUUUCUGCUUUUCUCCAUCUGCUUCCAGCCAUCGCAGAGUAGAUACAGAUGGGGUCUAAUUCACUUCCCUUUGCAGGUGGCCAUUGAAUUGUAGUGAUAUUCUGUCUCCCUCUCACGCUGACCCUGCAGUCGCUGAGGGGCUGCAGAACACACAGCUGGUUUUCCCUUUUCUUUUCUCCUCUCUUUACAACAGAAGAGCUUUUUCCAGAUUUAGUGUGAUGUCUAAUGAUGUGUCUCCUUAAAAAGAAGAAUGUCUAGGGAAUUAAUUGCACUGCUAAUUGGUGUUUAUAGAUAAGGUGAAGCAGAAGUAUUGAAUGUAAGAACAAGAAAGCCUGUGAGUUAUAAUUACAUGCUGAAUUCUGACAUGUGAAAUUGUUGUUCGUUUGCUUCUUAUUUAAAUGAUGUGUGACCCAAGCAGCUUUAUCACUGUGGCAGUACUAGUACAGCUGCGAUUCUCGAGUUAGAAGACACCCAUGGUCUUUUAGAAAGAGGAAACCUGUCUAGCCAAGUCUCCUUCUAGUCUCUGAAAUGACGACACAUUCCCCUUCAUGCUACUCUGUGUUUAUGACACCGUCUAGUCUAGAGGCAGAGGAAGGGAGUAUCAGUGUGCUGACUUUGCUGUUACUAGCCUUUGCCUAUUUUCUUAAUGACAAUACAACCACAAGCUGGGUUAGUGGCUCUCAUCACAUGGGCCCGAGUUCUUCACACCACUCUUCUGGGAAGAGCACGACCUGCCUGCAGCAACACGGCUCGCUCCGAGCUGCUGCUCUGCCAACAAGUUGUGUUGAGGGAGGGAGAUAUGCAGCUGAACUGGAACCUGAUCAUGGAUUACUGUCUUAGGUCAUUCAUUGAGUUUGUAUGAUUUCAUCAUUACUUACAAAGCUGCAAUAUAAUAUAACUGAGAGGCCACGAUGUAUUUUCUAUUGUCACUCAGUGGGUGGGGGCUUGGAGGGGCAGCUGGGUUUAAAGUUUAGCUGGUAUACUUUAAACUCUGUGUACAUAACCUUGGAGGACACGUGGGUGGUGAGGGUUCGGUGGUUACUUUGUUGGGAUUGAUAAAUUUCAGAUUGUUUUUGCUUAAAUGAUAAGGUAUUUAAUGACAUUGUACAAAGAGCUAUUAAUUUAAAUGGUGCUUUUGUUCUCCUAGAACAAAUCUCUUUAACCUUUCUUUUUGGCAAGCCUGCAGCAACGCUCAUCGUGUUGACUUUUGUACCUUGGGGAGUGCGUGGAAGGGGAGGGGAAAUGCUUUUCUCUUCAGACAAGUAAUGUUGCCCGUAGUUAACUUUCUGUUUGGAUACAUACCUUGAGUUCCCUUUACACUGAACUUUUGUAUGGAGUUCUCUUAAAGGGACAGAACAAGCAGAGGUUAUUCCAAAAGAUCUCAACUGUAUCAUCUUGUAAUAUAUUGCAGCUUUAUGCCAAUGAUUCCUUGCUUACCUGUACACAGUCCAUGCAUGUUUUGAACUGAUUUUGCAUUCUCCAUUUGUGGUGAGUUAUUUAGCAUUUUAACCACCUUUUGUGCCAUUCAGCUUGUACAGAAAACAUUUUUAUUGACGUUUUAAAGGGAGGGGGAAGAAAAGAAGAACCCCCCUUCUGCUCCCUAGUUGUAGGUAGAACUCAGUUACUUAGCAAACAGAUGUAGAUGAGUGGUUGUAGUGUUAGAAAUGGUAGCUUGCUCGUGAACAAGCUUUUGAGAGUAAAUGCAUGGUCCUGUACCUCUCUUCUCUUAAUUAGCUCUUCCUUUCCUCCUGGAAAGAUUCUCUCUCUUUCCCUCUCUCUUAUUCUGUCUUUGUCUCUCUCGUGGUUGUAAAGUACAGAUUUGGGCAUAAAUAAAAUGAUCUGCGACGAGGUUUGAAAAGCAGUUCUCAACAGGUUCUCUCGGGGAACUUAUUUCUCACAGCGCCUUGCCUUGGCACUUGAUUAGACUCUAACUUUCAAGGUGAAACAGAUGGAGAUCAGUCAUCUGUUGCCUCUGCUUGGACUGGGGAACCAGUUACAUCUUUGGAAGUUUGCGUCACUGGUGAACGAUGAGAUCUUGCUGAUCUGUGGCAGCCGAGGCAUGUGGCACGUGGUGCAUCGGCCGUGGCUUCCCCGCCUGGUUGUUCUACAUGGGACCAGUCCCAGGGCCCCUGAUUGCGGAGUUUGCACACUUUGAUUUUCCUGGAUACGCAGCAGAAGGGGGUGGGGAUGGUGUAUGGGAUUUAUGUUGUUAGGGGUUCUCUAGGCAGCUCCUUCUCCACACUCCCAAGCUCUGACUUGAGUACACAGGGCUUAUAGUUCAUUAGCUGUGGCUCUGUUGGCAAUGGAGGACAGAAAAUGGUCCAAGUCUUGGAAAAGAGGGGGUCACUCUCACAGAUAGAUUUUGGAAGAAAUAGACUUAAACUCCCCCCACAAAGCCCUGCCACAAGACCACAAAAUGUCCCUAGAUCCACACAUCUAUCUCCCACACCUCUGCUCCCUUAACAGAAUUUCCUUUUGUUAGAAGAUUUGACUUUCUAGGGAAAAAAAUUUCCAUUUUUGUGAGGUGUUGUGAACUGUUUUUACUACUUGUAAUAACCAUCCCAGGUCUGAGUAUUCUUGUAAUGCAAUGCCAUGCAGCAGAGAACCUGUCCACUUUAUAGCUUUGCUCUCAAUAUUUGUUACUCAUUGUUUUCUCAUCUAAAUGUACAUUUGCAAGAUGUGUGUAAUGUCAUUUUCAAAAAAUAAAAUUUGGUUUCAAUAUUUAGGCCGAUAAAAAC